CUCCAGCCUUCCAGCCCUGCAGGAGCAGACACCUCCACCUCCACCUCCACACCUUCAAGGAGUUUCUAGAGAGGGCCUCCUGGCUCUGGCUGGGUCAGGGUUAGCAUGGGGAGGACCCCCGGCCAGAGGACAGAGUCCCCGGGCGGGGUCCCUCUGGGGGUAACUGAGAGUCAAGCCUCAGUGGUGACCUGGUUCCCCUUGGGGAGAUGGGGGGCCUCCAUGUUGGCCAGGGGCCUCCAGCAUCCAUGCAGGAUUCCUGCUCUUCUCAGAUGAACUCUGGGAGCUCAGAACCAGAGAAGCAGCACCCAACAGAGGCAGGGGCGGAGGAGGAACUCAGGUGGAUGGAGCUGGGCUCUGAGGAGACCCUGGGAGCAGCGACAGAGGGGCCGGGUGCCCCACGGGCCUGGGGACGCCUGCUGCAGGCCGUGUGGAGGGGUCACCUGGGCCUCACAACACAGAUGCUGCGGCAAGGGGCCAGUGUGGAGGAGAGGGACCACGCGGGUAGGACCCCGCUCCACCUGGCCGUGCUGCGCGGCCACGUACCCCUGGUGCGGCUCCUGCUACAGCGCGGGGCCCCGGUGGGGGCCGCCGACCACGCGGGGCGCACGCCGCUGCACGAGGCCGCCUGGCAGGGCCACUCGCAGGUGGCGGAGCUGUUGCUGCUGCGCGGAGCCCCCGCCGGGGCGCGCACCGGGGACGGCCUCACGCCGCUGCACUGGGCAGCCGCGCUGGGUCGCACGCUGUUGGCCGGGCGCCUGCUGAGCACGCCGGGCCCCGGCCCCGCGGUGGCGGACGUCCGUGGAUGGACGGCGGCGCACUGGGCGGCCGUGGGCGGCCGGCUGCCGGUGCUCGAGCUGCUAGCGGCGGGCGGCUGCGCGGACCUGGACGGAGCCCUGCUCGUGGCGGCCGCGGCCGGGCGCUCGGCGGCGCUGUGUCUCCUCCUGGCGUGCGGCGCGCGGGCGGACGCCCGGGACGGCGCGGGGGCCACCGCGCUCGGCGUCGCUGCGGGUUUGGGCCGCCGGCAGGAUAUGGAGGUGCUGCUGGACCAUGGGGCAGACCCAAGCCUCAAGGACAGGCAUAGCCGCUCUGCACUCCACAGGGCUGCCGCUGCUGGACACCUGCUUGCUGUCCAGUUACUGGCAGCCUGGGGAGCUGAGGUGGAUGCUGGAGACUCAUUGGGCCUAACACCCCUGCACCACGCUGCCCGGGGAGGCCACGUGGACGUUGCCAGCCACCUCCUGGACAGGGGUGCGCAGGUCAACGCGGCUGGGUGGCUCCACAAGACACCACUGCACGUCGCCAGGGAGCGUGGCCACGGCCCCACGGUAGAGCUUUUGCUGAGCAGAGGGGCCAGCCACACCCAGAUAAUGCCGUGGGGUGAGGUGGCCCAGGACCUGGUGCCCGAGGGGGGCCUGCCCCAGGCACUGCCUGCCCUUUGCGGAGAGCGGAAGGACUGCUAGGGAUACCAGCCCCAGGGCUGAGUUGGCAGGGCCAGAGCAGGACAGGUGGCUCCUGGCUCUCACAACUUUGGGAGUGUGCCAGGCUCCUCUCUUCUGGACUGAGGCCACCUGCCUGGGUGGAGGGGAGAACAGCUGAGAGCUUCCUGGAGGAGAAGGGGGCAAAUGGCUUGAGGCCCAGUAAUGGGCCUAUGGCCAGAUCUGGGGAGGCCCCACAGAUUCCCAGGGGCACCUCAGCCCUGCACUCUACUGACUGAGUUGUGGCCACAGAUUUAACCAAAACCUGAUGGUCUCUCAUUUGUACACCAUGGAGGUGUCACCCUUAGCUACUGUUUCUGUACAUGGCGGUGUUCUGUGUUUUCUUAGAUUCAGUACUUAUCUGUUUGAACCCAUUAGUUACAGGGCCAAACUAGUGGCCACAGUUAUUCACAUGUCCCCUAGCUCCAGAGCCUACACUCUGAGCCUGCUCUCACACACCCAGCUGAAUCACCAGGCCAGCAACCAGACAGCCAGACAGGCCUAUACAGCAAGGCCUGCUGGGAUUACUGAACUAGCCAGUCCUCAGUGGUCCCCCUGCCCUGCCUUGUCUUUCCUGCCAGAACCCCAAUAAGGCUCUGUCCUGAGCUUUGCCCUCCUCGCUCCUGCCUCCUUGCUGACACUGGUCCCUCUGUGGCCCUGUGGGGCCUGGUGUGCCCCUCCCCUCGGGAAAUGUCAAAUGUAAAAAUCUUCUUCCAAUGGCAUCAGUCUCUCCCUGUCGUCACUCAGCUGUGUCCAUAAAUGAAAAACCCCGUGGUACAAUCGAAUCAGGAACCGUUGUCUGACUGCCCAUCUCUGUAUCUUCGUAGAAAACCAUUGCCAUUUUUCAAUUUAAAAGUAUAGUUUUUCUGAAAUAACAGCUUUACAGGACAGAUUUCACCUUUCAAAAGAGAAUUGUCAUGCCAAAUUCUGCCCGGGGCAAUGGGACAGCCUGUUGGACUUAUGGAGCCCACCAACUGCAGAGCGGACUGGACCUGGGAAAGGGAACACGGAGACACCAGUGAGAUGGUGGCCGUAGCAGUGGAGGUGGGAGAAGCAGACAGCAUUGGGAUGAGUCUGUGCCUAGAGCCCUCUGGAUUCACUGAUGGGCUGGACAUGGGGACCAGGGGAAAGGGAGAAAUAACAGUGACUCCUAGGGAGGUGUGUGCCCGAGGUGAAGGGUAGGUGGUGGACCUCCCAUUACGAUGGGGAGAGCAGAUGCACUGGGAUGAGAAUGGGAGAAAGAAGGGGGCUGGGGGGGGACAUUUUUGUGAUCCUCAGAGGAAGGAUGGUUUUUAAGCUACAGAAUGGACCUACACCCAGCCAGCUGGCACAGCCUGCGGGCUCUCCCUUCAGUGCACACCCAGAGCUCUGCCGCCUCUCACCCCCCACUGCAUCUGCUACGGUCCAAGCCACCACCAGCUUGGCCUGAGUGUUGCCACCAGUCUCACUGGUCUUCCUGCUCGAACCCUUGCAUCCCUACGGUCCGCUCUCAAAACAGUAGCUGCUAUCUUAUUUAAUAAGUUGGAUGACACUACUGUGCUGCUCAGAAUCCCCCCAAUGGCUCCCUCUCAUGGAGCAAGAACCAAACGUGUAUAGACUUGUUCACAGAGGCCCUAGUGAGUUCACCGUCUGUGAGCUUCUUCGUGUUCCUCCCAUACAGGGCUGCAGUCUGUGUCUCCGCUCUGACACUGAAUUGACUUUUGUGACUAUUUGGCCACCAGCAUACUGUCAAAGCAAUGCUGUGUGACUUUCCACGAUGGGCCAAGAAAGCGACACGCUUCCACAGUGCCUUGUCCUCUAGCCACCAGGUCAGUCUGACUGCCCUAAAACUGCCAUGCUGUGGGCAAGGCCGCAUGCAGCGAUGGUCACUGGAACGUCGACAUCCUUGCACGACCUUCAGGGCCCUACACAUCCUCACCAACUUCCCACUCUGGCCUCCAACAUGCUGAGAUCCAGGGCCCUGACCCUGGGACCCUCACUCGCUCCACUCCCAUCACGGUGGCAUUUUCGCCGUUCUUGAUUACACCAGGUGGCUAGUGCCUCAGGCCUCUGCACUCGCUGAUCCCUCUGCUGGGCAUACUCUUCCCUCAGGUGUGUGCCUGGCUUGGUCAGUCGCUUCCUUCUUGACUCAAACGUCAUCCUCAGUGCACUCUUCUAACGCUGUUAAAGACUGCACCACCCUCCACCCCACAAAAGGGAAGCUCUUCUCUAAGUAGAAUGCCAACAAAUACAGAAAGAAUGAUGGAGUUAGAGUCAACAAAGGAUGCUCAAAUGAAUGAGUCCAGAUUGGAUGAGGAAAAGCACACUUAUCUCAAAGUGUGGUGCCACGGACAGGUGGGCGCUGCUCAGAUAGCUACUCAAUAUCCGCUUGUCAUUUAGCUUCAAGUCUGCUGCAGCAUUUCUGCAUUCUUUUCUGGCAGCCCCAGACAUUGGUCCAGCACAGCAAAGGUACUGGGGCCUGGCCAGGCCCACCCAACACCACACUUCUCUGAUAGGCGGUCUUUGCUCCAGAAUUAUUGGUUUAGCCAUCCCAUCUGAGACCCUCCCUGCCCAAUUCCUCUUCUUCCUUUGCUGAGCUGCGCCCUCCACAACUAAGAUUGAAAGAACAACUUGACUUGGAAAAAGUCCUGGAAGUACACACUGUUCCCCAAUAAAGUCUUAUUCCCCUUCCCCAAUAAAAAAUCUCUUAAAGUAUUAAUAAGAAUGAGUCUGGGAGCUAAUAAGAAUAGGUUUAAAGGUUAACCACUUAGCUCUGAAUCCCCGGCCAGCACUACACCUGCAGACUAACAAACACCAGGACAAUUUACAGAGGAAGCCAACUGCAACAAUAUUUCUCAGAAGGGGCCAGCCACAAUGGUAAACAACUGCAAGAUGACUAGCCCCUGGCAUCCUGCUUAGAAAAAUAUAAAACCCCCGCUAAACAGAAACCCGUGGCAGCUGUCUACUUUAGACUCUGCCCCUGGCAACUCCUCUGCCGGUGUUCUCUCUCCUUACUACUACCUGCAGCAGCUAUCUUUAGACACUGUCACGGGCAUUCUCUCCCUCUGACAUUUACCAAAAGUUUCCUUACUGUCUUACUUUUCUGAGUCUUGUGAAACCUUCACAUUCUGCAAAUGACCAGUGAUCAUUCUACGCCAACACAGGCUAGACAGCAGUCUUGCUUUAAUGUUAAAUUUUCUGACUUUAAUCAGUGUACUAUGGGUUCUGACAGAAUGUCCUGUUCUUAGGAAAUACACAGUUCAGUAUUUAGAUGUCUCCAACAUUUCAAACGGUCCAGAAAAACUCCAUAGAGAGAAGGAUUAAAAAAUGGAGCAAAAUGUAAACCGUUGAUGUAUUUGGGUAAAGCAUAUUGGGGAAUUCCUUGAACUUAGUCUUCCAAGUUUUCUGCAAUUUAAAAUUAUAUCCAAAUAAAAAAUUACAAAGAAACUGCACACUUCAUUUCUGUGUUUGUUGUAAAAUACCCAUAAUAUAAAAUUUACCAAUAUAAGCAUUUUAAAGGGUACAAUUCAGUGCCGUUUAGGACUUUCACAACCGUAUGCAACCGUGACACUCUCCAGUUGCAGAACUUCUCAUUACCCCGAAAGGAAACCGGUGCCCACUGGCACUACUCCCCAGCCCCCGCAGGCUUGAUUUGCCUAUUCUGUCAGUUCAUGUGAAGGCACCGCCGGCCUUUGUGUCCUAUUUCCCGCAUGCGAUGCAUGUUCAAACAGCGGCGUCCUGCGUCGCUCAUGGAACACAGAUGUCCCCUAUUUUGUUGACCCGCUAACUGUGUCUCUCCA